ACCACUCCCAUUGAACACAGAUCACUUCAGAUAAGUCCCUAUUGGUCUUUGAACUUCAGCUGUUGAGACAUCGCUCUCUGGUGAACAUAGUUCUGACAGACGAUUGCAACUCAGCGUUCGACACCAUAGUGCUGACCCUGGGACUAAACACCUCCAUCUGCAACUGGAUCCUGGACUUCCUGACGGGCCGCACCCAGGUGGUAAGGGUUUGUUGCUGAAGUGUGGAAAAGGGUGAUAGUAAUCACUGAAGCUAAAUAAUGACCGUCCACGAGCCAAAAGACACAAACAAUGGCGUGUGGCUGAUCUUUUUCAUGCUGGGCUUAGGAACGCUCCUGCCAUGGAACUUCUUUAUGACAGCCACCAUGUAUUUUAGCAGCCGUCUCAGAGACCCCUCCCAAAUGGGCACCAACCUGUCAGGCAAUGGGACCGGGGCAGAAGGGAACAACCGUAGCCUUUUGGAGGCCAAGUUCAAUAACGUAAUGACACUUUGUGCCAUGGUGCCUUUACUGGCCUUCACCUGUCUCAACUCAGUCCUGCAUCAAAGGAUUCCUCAGAAGUUUCGGAUCAUGGGCAGCCUGGCAGUGAUUUUGGUGGUGUUUCUACUGACAGCCAUUUUGGUUAAAAUAGAGAUGGCACCCCUCCCCUUUUUCACGUUGACCAUGAUCAAGAUUGUCAUCAUAAACUCCUUUGGAGCUAUCCUGCAGGGCAGUCUGUUUGGCAUGGCAGGCCAGCUGCCUACCAAAUACACCACACCCAUCAUGAGUGGGCAAGGCCUGGCGGGAACUUUCGCUGCCUUCUCCAUGAUCUGUGCUAUCUCAAGUGGCUCGGAGAUAAAUGACGCUGCUUUUGGAUACUUCAUCACAGCCUGUGUAGUGAUCUUAUUGGCCAUAAUAUCCUAUGUGGUCCUCCCUAAACUGGAGUUCUACCAAUAUUACAAGACCCAAAGUGGAAACAGAAUUAUUGAGGAGGAGAACAAGCUGGAUCUACUCAAGAAAGAAAAUGCAUCAGAGACUAAACCCGUUUUCAAAAAAGGAGAAGAGGAGCAAAACGUGUCCAUGUUGACCAUCUUCAAGAAGAUCUGGGUCCUGGCUCUCUCUGUGUGUUUUGCCUUCACCAUCACCAUCGGCACCUUCCCGGCAGUCACUGUGGAUGUGAAGUCUACCAUCGCUGAUGGAGGCACCUGGGAGCUGUACUUCAUCCCCGUGUGUUGUUUCCUGCUCUUCAACCUCAGCGACUGGGUUGGGAGAAGCCUUACUGCUGUGUGUAUGUGGCCUGGGAAGGACAGCAAACUGGUGCCCAUUCUUCUGGUGGCCCGUGUGAUCUUCGUGCCGCUCUUCAUGCUGUGCAAUGUUCAGCCCCGCUACAACCUGCCUAUCUUCUUUGAACACGACGCCUGGUUCAUCGUCUUCAUGAUAGUCUUUGCCUUUUCCAAUGGAUACCUGGCCAGCCUUUGCAUGUGCUUUGGGCCCAAAAAAGUUGCUGCUCAUGAAGCGGAGACAGCUGGAGCCAUUAUGGCCUUCUUCAUGUCCCUGGGUUUGGCUCUGGGAGCGUCCCUCUCAUUCCUCUUCAGAGGCCUGGUCUAAAAUGGCGCCCUGUAGAGAACAUGACCCCAAAACCCCAAAUUGACCUAUAAAACUUGCAUGGUAACAAAUUGAAAUGUAUUUGUUUAUUUUUUAAACAAACGAUACUGAUUCACCUCAAAUCUGGUCUUCCAAAUAAUGGAAGGUGGUAAGCAGCUCAAGACCAGGAUUCAAUCCGAUAGCACUUUGUUGGCUAUACGCUAUUUAAAGGUCAUUUUCUGAUUGUACCGACAUAUACAGCGUUUACCGUGAAUGCGGUCUCCGUGAACACAGGAACAUUACCUUUAACAGCUGGUAGUGUGAGGAUUCUUUUGUUUGAAAGCUACCAAACUAACCAAAACUGAAUUAAGUAGAGCAUUUGUGAAAUUAGGCAUCUACAGGUUCCUACUAUCCAUGGGAGAUCACAUGCAAUUCAGUGCUUCCCUUUUUGAUUCUGUAGUAUUCCAAUUUGAAUUCUUAUGAAGCCAUGAAUCCUUAUGAAGCCAUGGUGUGGCAGGGAGCCUAGUGGUUAGAGCAUUGGACUAGUAACCGAAACGUUGCAAGAUUGAAUCCCCGAGCUGGCAAGGUAAAAAUCUGUCAUUCUGCCCCUGAACAAGGCAGUUAACUCACUGUUCCUAGGCCCUCAUUGAAAAUAAGAAUUUGUUCUUAAUUAACUGACUUGCCUAGUUAAAUAAAUGUGAAAUUUUUAAGAAUUAGCUCAAUACGAAGCAAACACCAUUUAUGGCUAUAUUAACUGCCAUUUAUUGGCAAAUAUAUUUAAUCAGUAUGAGUGCAAUAUACAGUGUAAUCAUGAAUAACACAAUCCCUACAAGAAAGUGAUGUGCAGUGAGAUCGACUCAGCGAGAUAACAUUGCAACGAGCAGCACGGCAGAUAUACUCCUAUAGGAGGACGGGCUCAUUGUAAUGGCUGGAAUGGAAUGGAUGGGAGUCAAACAUGUGGUUGGAUACCGUUUCAUCCCGUCCUACUAUAGCUCCUCUCACAGCCUUCUCUGGUAUCUGUGCAUGUGCAUGGGGGCACAUCACGCUGCCACAAUGGGACCAAAACAGCUGCGGGGUCAAAACAAAAUCAUUUUAGCCUUGUCCAUCAACACUCUUAGUUGUUGUGUAAAUGUACCUGUAUAGAGUUUACUUUGGGCAUGCAACGUCAUCUCACUGAGUCUACCUUUAGUCAUGUGCCCUAACGAGCUGACAAAAACAUGGACAAAGCCAAAUCAGCUCCAGGCCAUGGUCAUUUUGACAGCCUCCAUUUUUGUUAAGAAAUUACACAAAGAGCCUUGUUACAAUGACUGUCGUUGCAAACUGCCAUAUCGCCAUGGUUUUUUAAAUGUUGCUUACGGUAGUGUAUUGUUAAUGUCUUAAUGGAGUGUCACAAAAACAGUAUGGUUUUACUUUAAAUUAUGACAGUAUGAUUAGCAGCCUUUAAACGCCUACUUUACAGUAGCAGGAGAUGAAGAACAAUAUCUUGAAUCUAUACCUAGCGGGGUAUCACUUAAAUGUUAUGCCCUAAUGUACAUACAGUCAUGUGAAAAAGUAAGUACAUCCCCUGGAAAGUAGUAUUGUUUUUGUAAAUAUUUGGACAGAUGGAUAUGUAAUCUUCACUUCAACACUAUUGGCAGAUAAAGGUAACUUAAAUGAAACUCAAAGAUUGAAAAAUAUAAUCAUUUAUUCAUUAAAAAAAUGUACUUUGUAAAUUAAAAAUGGAACCAUGUGAAUUUCUCCAGGUUUUUAAUAUGUGAAGAGUCUUUAAUAAAACUUUAAUGCAGAUGGCACGGA